UUUGGCGUGUGUGCUCGAGGCUGCAAUCAAGAACACAUUGGUGUAAAAAUGGCUUCCAAACACAAAGUUGGCUUUGGAAUAAAGAGUGAUGAGCCUAGUGAGAAAAAAAAGAAAACCGAAGAGGACGAAAGUUCUCAAAGUAGUGAAAAAAGCAGCUCAGAUGAAUCAACAAUUUCGGAGGAAGAGGAUGAAUCAGAAAAUCGGGAGAUUGGUUUAGAAUUUGAAGGAAAAGCCAUCACAGCACAAGAUUUCCAUGGCAUCAAAAUGCUGUUACAACAGUUGAUGGUUACUUUACCUGUAAACCUCACUAAGAUGGCUGAUGUGAUUGUGUCUCAAACCAGUAUCGGAAGUACAUUGAAGGUCGUUGAAGAUGAAGAAGGUACUGUGUAUGGACUUUGUUCACUCAUCGACCUGAAUGCUGACAAAGAGAGAGAAAACAUGGCCAAAGAGCUCAUUAUAUUCCUCAAAGAAAAAUUGAAGCAGUCACCGAAGAAACAAUUAAGCGAGUUUUCUGAAUUGCUAGAAUGCAAUGUUUCCUUGCUUCUCAACGAAAGAUUCAUCAACAUACCUGGAGAGGUUUCUGUACCGAUGCUACAGUCGCUGAGCUCUGAGAUAAAAGAAGCAAAAAAGCAGGGAUGCAUAACCGAGGUAGACCAUAUUCUCUAUAUUGCCAAGUCCGUCAAGGUGGCUAGUGCGAAGGAGCUUCCACUCAUUAACACAACAGAAAACGGACCAUCAUCAAGUGCAUCGAAAAAAGAACGUAAAAAAUUGAAGGCUGAAAAGAAAGUUGCAGAGCAGUUACAAUUCAUCAACGAAGAAGAUGAGCUCUUUUAUAAGGAAUCUUCAUUUUCACUCAGCUAUUCAGUAACUAAUGCAACUGGGUUUGCUGUUGGAGGCCAAUGGGCCUUGGGAGAUGCUGCCAUGGACACAUAUCGAACAGUUAUGGUGAUAGAUUUCACAAAAUUUGAACGAAUUGUGGAAAAUCUGGAAGAUUUUUUUAGAUAGCAUAACAAGUAUUACAAUUUCUUAGUCGCUUUUGUCGUGGGCGUAAUUAAGCACAAGUUUCUGUUGGUUGCUUGAGAGCACUUUACCACUUGUUAAGCUUCAUUUUCCUGCUUGGAUCCGAAGUCUUAGCUUUCCAUUGAAAAUCGCCACAAAUAUUGACACAGCUCCCUAAGAAAUAGUUUAUUAUUUGGGGUAAACUAGAACAUUUUCAAGCAUUUCAUUUCUAUAGAAAUAGGGAAAAGAAUGAGUGUUAUGUGAGUUGGCUACAUCGCUGUGUUUAGCUGUAGAAUCCAUUUUUCAGUUAAUAUUUCUGCUCAAUUAAUCUUUCUGUUACUUACAGGGACCUGCAGUAAAAUGUCUAUUUUUUCUAUUUGCAGUUUUUCACCAUAUUCCUUACACGGUCUUAAACUUUUCAACACUUGAAUCAUAAAUAGAUGUUCAAAAUUUUCAAAAUUGUUAACUCGAUUCAGUAUUCAGUGUUUAUAAAUGAAAAGACAUUUUUAUCCAAAAACCAGAGCAGAAUUUGUCGUCAGUAGGAAAACCUCUUUCAAUUUUCGAUUACAGAAAGGACUUUUAUGGGUUCGAGGCUUUGUCCAACCACACUACCGUUUCAUAAUUUAAAGCAAAUCGAGUCUUAAGUUUUGUAAGCCGUUUGAUAAUGUGACAUCUUAAUACGAGGAAAAACGUGCUAGUACGAUAGUUUUUUAUAUGCUUUAUCUAUGUUUUGUUUCUUUUGCCUACUCGAUGUACAGUGUAAAAUAUUUUGCAAAACUACAUGCAACUUUUUAAAAGAACCCAGAUCUACCGAACAACGAAACGGAUUUGUUGCAGUCGUUCUUGCGAAAUUUUAGAAGUAGCACAAAAUGUUGUCCGUCUUUGAAUACACCGGAAAUGAAGCCCAAAUUCUGUGGUACCCUUUUGAUUUUUAUUCAAGUAUCUUUUUGACAGAUUGGCUUUGGUUAAGGCUCCUAAGAGCCUGUUUAUAUGAGCAAAUUUAUCCCACCCCUCAGCCCAUAAUCUGGCAGGUGGGAUGAAAUCAUCGAAUGUUUACAUGCAGAUUCUAUCCCGCCUUCCAGCUUGUUUGCUGACAAGUGGGACAAAAUUUGAUCGCGUUCAUAUGAACAUUUCCUCCCAUCUUCCAGCUUCAUACCACCUUCCAACAUUUAUAUGGAAAAAAUUCAUAAUACUUCAGUGAGAUCCCACCUCCCAUGCAGUGGGAUCUCACUUAGCCGGACUAGCUUAUUUUCCAUAUAAACGAAAGACGAAUAACACAAAGGAUUCUAUUGAAAAGUGGGAUCUCACCUCUUAGCUCACAGGCUGGAAGGUGGGAUGAUUUUCUCCAUAUAAAUAGGCCCUAAAUGCGAGAGAAACCGCGCAAAGCCCAGAGCUUGAAGCCUCAAUUAGAUCAUAGUGAAAGUAAGGGCAUUCGCAAUAUUCCGAUUCGUUCCUGCAUAAGAUGCAUCUCCAGCAAAUGACAGGGUAACUGGAGACCUUUGCCAUGUUGUUACUCGGUUUACGUCACGGUUAAGGUCAUUGGCAACGGUUUGUACUUCUUCAGUUUUUGCACAUAAUAAUUAAUCAUCAUCAAACAGUUUCAUUGUUAAAUAUAAAGCUACUUUUAUAUUAUUGCGUAUAUGUUACUUACUUUUAUAAUAUAUAUAAUGGAAUUUUUAGAGGAGGACUCAGCCAUUCCUUGUAAGUGCUUGAUAAAGAACAUAUUUUCGAAGAACAUAAAAUUGCUACUUCAAAAAACAUUUAACUAACAAUGUGCAUUUAGCAGACGUGAUUGCCUAACAAACGUAUCUUUUUGAAGUAAGGGCACGAGUUCUGUUUUUCUAGAAUUAUUACGACGGUUUUGACUAGAAAUAUAAAGUUCCAAUUAUUUUAUAUAGUACCUAUUGCAACGAAACGAGAUAGUUGAAAAGAAGUUGAAAAAUACCUCGUAUUAUCAUCUUUUUCGUAUUUUCUGAUUCUUCUUGUUGACAAAUUUCCCAAAGGAAGAUUCAACAACAUGCAAAACUAGGGAAAAGAUACAAGUCAAUUUUUUUCAAAUUCAGUCACUUGAUGCAAACACUCUUAACGUGAAGGGAAGUGGAACAUCAAUUUUUUAUUAGAAGCUGAAGGGUCAAAGUUUUAGAUGAAAGGUUGCUUGCUUUCUCCAGAAACUAAAGAAUUGCCUAAUAAAAAGUAUCCCAGAAGAUGUGUCUUUUUGUCGGAAAAGAUACGUUUUUCUAAGUGCUCUGUCGUCAGAAACAUUUUCCCUUUAGACAGAAAAAGGACCCCUAUUGUCAGAAGAAAUUUCUUUUACAGAGAAGGUAUCACUUUUUGAGAACCUCUUUUGACAUCUAAUUUGGACUGAAGACCAAAAUUUUAGUCUACAUCUAAGUUUUUCUAAUGUGAAACAGAUUUUAUGGCGAAAUUAAGUUCAAAGUU